AUGGACACCGUCACGCCUUCGGGUCACCGUCGCCGGCGAAGCAGCCUGAUCAAUCCCGCGAAUUCCUCCACAAAUGACCGCCACCGAGCGAGAUCUCAAUCCAUCCGCACCGUACCCACCGGGGACGAUGACAACAAGAUCCUCGAAGAGAGCAGCAGCAAUGAGUCUGUACGGCCCGGCGAGGUGGAUUCCGGCGGUCUGACAGACGAGGACCUCCACGAUGACGAGGAGACUGGUCUGACGGGGAGAGACAGGCGGAGGAAGAGGAGGAAGAAGAGGAGAAACCAGCUGCUCGACCAGCGGGUGGUCGGUGACCACAUCUCCCCGGAGGAGAAGAAAGAGGCGGACCUCAGCGUCGUCAAGAACCUCUUCAUCAAUACCGUCCUGAUUGGGCUCUGGUACUUGUUUUCCUUGUUAAUAUCCUUGUACAACAAGUGGAUGUUUUCUCCCGACAAGCUCAACUUUCGGUUUCCCAUGUUCACCACCGCCGUGCAUUUCAUCGUCCAGUUCACCUUAGCUUCAUUAGUUUUGUACUUUUUCCCCUCGAUGCGGCCUAAGAACAACAACCAUCAUACGUCCGAUCUGGGCCAGUCAAGACAUGAGGCGGAGCCGGAACGGCCCAUCAUGACCAAGAUGUUCUACCUCACGAGGAUCGGGCCGUGCGGUGUCGCGACUGGUCUGGACAUUGGCUUGGGCAACACCUCCCUCCAGUUCAUCACCCUCACCUUCUACACAAUGUGCAAAUCCUCCUCCCUCGCCUUUGUCUUGAUCUUCGCCUUCCUCUUCCGCCUCGAAGCUCCGACCUGGAAGCUCGUAGCAAUCAUUGCGACCAUGACCCUCGGUGUGAUCAUGAUGGUUGCCGGCGAAGUCGAGUUCAAGCUCGGCGGGUUCGUGCUCGUCAUCGCCGCCGCCUUCUUCUCGGGCUUCCGCUGGGCGCUCACGCAGAUCCUGCUGAUCCGAAACCCGGCCACAUCGAACCCCUUCUCCAGCAUCUUCUUCCUCGCCCCCGUCAUGUUCAUCACCCUCGUCGCCAUCGCCAUUCCCGUCGAGGGGGCCGGCGCCCUGUUCGCCGGCCUCCGCACCGUCGCGGAAGAAAAAGGUCUGCUCGUCGCCCCGCUCAUCGUUCUGUUCCCGGGCGUCAUCGCCUUCCUCAUGACCGCGUCCGAGUUUGCCCUGCUCAAGCGCACGUCGGUCGUGACUCUCUCCAUCGCGGGCAUCUUCAAGGAAGCCGUCACGAUCUCCGCGGCCGCGCUCGUGUUUGGCGAUACCAUGACCGUGGUCAACGUUAUUGGCCUGAUCAUCACGCUGGCCGCGAUCGCCGCCUACAACUGGAUCAAGAUCAACAAGAUGCGCAGCGAGGCCCAGACGGAUGUGCACCGCGGGCACCUGGCCCGGGCAGUGGAGGAGGAAGAAGAGGAGGAACGGGGUUUGCCUGGCGGGAGCAAGAGUGGGAGCGGCAGUGGCAGCGGAAGUGACAGGGACGAUGAUCAGGCGGAGAGUGCGGGGUUAUUGCGGCGGAGCGUGGACAGGAAUGAAGGGGUCAUCUUCACCGCGGACGGAGGGGAUACGGUUGCCGAGCCGGGAAUGGAGCAACCAGUGUAUCCUUUUUCUUUUUUUUUCUUCUUUUCCUCUCUCGUUAUUUAA